AUGUGGCCAUCCGAUGACCCGAUCUCAGCCUAUGGCUUCACACCUGUUGUAUCGUCAGCUGCUGCUCUUCUCGCAACAGAUCCUCCAGCAACACCUGCCCCAUUCAUUGCAGUGACCGAAGUUUUGACUCCAGCAACGCCCCUCGCCCAGCGGAUCAACGAGUAUGCAAAGUCUCAUCUUCCUGAGCCCACAUACAAUCAUUCCCUUCGCGUUUAUUAUUUUGGGCUUGCGAUCAAGCGGUACAGGUUCCCCGAAUGGGCAUUUACCGAUGAAACUUACUUCCUUGCCUGCCUGCUUCAUGAUAUCGGAACAACCCAAAGUAACUUGGAGGACACUAAAAUGAGCUUCGAGUUCUUCGGAGGCUUGAAAGCACUGGAAGUUCUGCAGAACCUACAACCUUCCUUUGUGGGAGGUUCGGUCGCAGUCGCUCCGAAGGAUCAGGCAGAGAGUGUGGCAGAAGCAGUUAUCCGACAUCAAGACUUGUGUGAGAAAGGUAAAAUCACAGCUCUCGGUCAACUGCUUCAGCUGGCAACAAUCUUCGGUAUGUUAACCCUCUAUCAGAGUCGAUUGUUCUGA